AUGUUCGCCAAACAGGACAACCAUCUUGUUUUCAGCUAUGAUGCCGACAAACUCUGGAUCGAGCCUUGGGGCAAGAACGCCCUCCGCAUCCGGGCCACCCAGCUGAGCCACAUGCCUUCGGAGAAUUGGGCUCUCGAAGAACCAUCGGGCCAAUCUGCUGUGAUUGAGAUUGGAGAGAACUCGAGCUCCUUGACUAAUGGUGAAAUCAAAGCCGUAGUUACGGCCAACGGCAAAUUGACUGUAUACGGUCAUGGCGGCAAGGUCAUCCUGGACGAAGCUGUUCGAACCCGUCGCGAUGUCUUGGACCCUAAGUGCAGCGCAAUCGAAAGAGAAGCUCGUGAAUUUCAAGCAAUCCCGGCCACGAACGACUACCAUAUUGCCUGGCGCUUGGAAUCUCUCGACAAGGAUGAGAGGAUAUACGGGAUGGGCCAGUAUCAGCAACCUUACCUUGACCUCAAGGGCCUUGACCUCGAGCUCGCACAUCGAAACUCACAGGCCAGUGUACCUUUUGCCGUCUCUUCUCUGGGGUAUGGCAUACUCUGGAACAACCCUGGCAUCGGCAGAGCUGUGUUCGGCAAAAACAUCAUGUCCUUCGAGGCAAUGAGUUCCACUGUCUUGGACUGUUGGCUUGUGGCGGGAAAAACUCCUGCGGAGAUUGUUCAGGCCUAUGCCGGAGUUACAGGAACUGUUCCAAUGAUGCCAGAGUAUGGUCUCGGUUUCUGGCAAUGCAAGCUCCGCUAUCAGACACAAGAAGAGCUCCUCGAAGUCGCUAGAGAAUACAAAUCCCGUCAAUUGCCUAUCGAUCUCAUUGUUAUCGAUUUCUUCCAUUGGCCCUUGCAAGGAGAAUGGAAGUUUGACCCCAUCUACUGGCCAGACCCUGACGCUAUGGUCAAGGAGUUGAAGCAGAUGAACAUUGAGCUGAUGGUUUCGAUUUGGCCUACCGUCGAUCGACGAUCUGAGAAUUAUCAAGAGAUGGUGGAGAAGGGUUUGCUGAUCAGAUGCGACCGUGGCACGCGAAUCUCCAUGGAUUUCGAGGGUAAUACUGUUCAUUUUGAUGCGACCAACCCCGAGUCCAGAGCGUAUGUCUGGAACAAAGCCAAGCAAAACUACUUCUCUAAGGGAAUCAAGACUUUCUGGUUGGACGAAGCCGAACCAGAGUAUUCCAUCUACCAUUUCGAUAAUUGGAGAUACUGGCAAGGAUCAAACGUGAGCAUUGGCAACAUCUACCCUCGAGAGUACGCUCGUGCGUUUUAUGAGGGUCAAGAAGCUGAAGGACAGAAGAACAUCGUCAAUCUUCUGCGGUGCGCGUGGGCUGGCAGUCAAAAGUAUGGUGCUCUGGUCUGGAGUGGCGAUAUUGCCUCAUCCUGGUACAGCCUGAAGAACCAAUUCGCUGCCGGACUCAACAUGGGUAUGGCAGGUAUUAGCUGGUGGACAACUGACAUUGGUGGCUUCCAUGGUGGCAAUCCAGAUGACGAAGCUUUCCGUGAGUUGUUCACCAGAUGGUUCCAGUACGGUACAUUCUGUCCUGUCAUGCGUCUGCAUGGUGACCGUGAACCCCACCAACCUCAGCACGGCACCACCGGCGGCGCAACAUGUCUGUCUGGAGCUCCGAACGAGGUCUGGUCCUACGGCCAGGAAGUAUACGAGAUCUGCAAGAAAUAUAUGAAGAUCAGAGAGGGCAUGAGAGAGUACACACGAAGUCUCAUGAGGGAAGCUCACGAGAAAGGUUCUCCGAUCAUCCGACCCAUAUUCUAUGACUUCCCUGGGGAUAAGAAGGCAUGGUUGAUUGAAGACCAGCAGAUGUACGGACCCAAAUAUCUGGUGUCACCCAUUUUCAAUCUGGGUCAACGCAAGCGGACAGUCUAUCUUCCUAGUGGUGCAACUUGGAAAGCUUUCGAGGGCGGUGAGGUUUAUGAUGGUGGUCGCGACGUCGAGGUUGAUUGUCCCAUAGACAUGAUGCCUGUUUUCGUAAAGCAAUAG